GCGCUGCGCAGUCGCCAGGUGAGCACAGAGAGCGAGGAGAACGCGCCGGUCCCCCCUCCCCUCCUCUUUUCUCUCCGUCUAUCUCUCUCUCUCUAUCUCUCUCUCUCUCUCUCUUUCUCACGUUGGAACUGUAAUACCUGCGCGUGCAGCGUUUUUCCACCGUGUGUGCAGUCGUAGCGCGAGUGUCCGUCUGUUUACGUCGUCGCGGGGGACACUUUGUUUAACGCGAGCAAGCGAGGAUACACAGCGCACCCGGAUCCGAGAACUCAUCUCCUGGGAUCGACUCGUUCACUCGUCUUUCGUGGAAGAGCUCAGCAGUGCGGACGCGCGCGCGCGCUCUCUCUCUCUCUCUCUCUCUCUGUGUCUCGCAGCAGGAUGAUCAUAACCUCAAAGUCGCGAGCGCCGAGCUUCACCUGGCAGGUAUAGCUGCGCCGCCGCUUACCUGUGUUACGCAUAAUACACUCCCCGUGUUAAGCUUCGGAGGAUGAGGACGACUACGACGAGGAGCAAAGACCGAAGCUAAGAGAGAAGACGAAUCAGGAUCCUCCUAUUCUGAUACGUACAGUGUGCUACAGGUGUGACAAGUGCGAGAGUUGUAAGCGUAUGAAUAUACAGGGAUCUCCUCGUGGUGCUCCGCGUCUCUAUACGUAUAAAGUGUGAUCGAUUAUUCUCGAAGGAGAGAAAGAUACACGGUAGAGCCAGAUAAAGGCAGCAGGAUGCAAGUGACCGGCGGCGCGAUGGGACCGACGCACCUGGUGGCCCUCUACGUGGCCACGGCCGGCCUACAGGGCAACGCGCUCGGCAGCGACGAGGAGGAAAUUACGCUGCUCGUUUACGUGCUCAUCGACGCGCUGCAGAACAAAGUGAUGGGCAGGCAGCAGUACAUAGUGAAGCCCAUGGCCAUGGAGGAGGCGGAGAGCAACGGUAGCACCGGAAGUGAUAACCCGGCUGUUGCCGGAAGCAGCGGCGGCGUGAGCCAAGCGGCCCUCGUUCACGCCCCAACCUUGACCGAGCAGACCCUUAGAGAGCACGGAAUUCCUCUCCACCAGGCCAUCCAACAGUUCGAGACAUGGUGGUCGUCGCUGACGUGCGUGGCGGCGGGCAGCACACCGCGCUUCGUCGUCGACGGACAGGCGCCGCUGAGGCAGUGCCUCCACCCGCAGGCCUGCAACAAGAACAUCGACCUGCCCAGCCACUACAGCGUCUUCCACGACCUCAGGAAGGAGUUCUCCGCGUGCUACUCUACCAACGACGAGCUGUCCUUACUCAGCAUCCAGGACAUGAUGCAAUACUUUAACCUGCCGACCGACGAGGAGAACGAUUACCACGUGAAGGAGAUCCAGGACAUGAUCGCCGUCAUUCAGAGGAUGAUAAAGGACGGACACGUUUUCGAGAAUCCGGAAGUAGUGAACCUCGUACUGGAACCUGGUAUAUGCUCGAAAGAUGAGAAAGUAGACAGCAACUGCGUAGUCAGAGCUCGAGGACUUCCCUGGCAAUCGUCUGACCAGGACGUCGCGAAAUUCUUCCGAGGACUGAAUGUGGCAAAGGGUGGCGUGGCUCUGUGUCUGAGCGCGCAAGGCAGGCGCAACGGUGAGGCUCUGGUACGUUUCGUGAGCAAGGAGCACAGAGACAUGGCGCUCAAGAGGCACAAGCACCACAUCGACCAGCGUUACAUCGAGGUCUACAAGGCUUUGGGCGAGGACUUCGUCUCGGUAGCCGGCGGUACCAAUGGAGAGGCUCACGCCUUCCUGUCGCGCGGAGCUCAGGUCAUCGUCAGGAUGCGAGGUCUGCCCUACGACUGCACCGCCAAGCAAGUGUUGGAGUUUUUCCUGACUGGACAGAAGCCCUGUCAAGUGCUGGAUGGAGAGGACGGAGUUUUGUUCGUUAAGAAGGCCGACGGCAGAGCCACCGGGGACGCGUUCGUGCUCUUUGCCCAGGAGGAGGAUGCGGCGAAAGCUCUCAGCAAGCACAGAGACUGCAUUGGGAGCAGAUACAUCGAGCUGUUCCGGAGUACGACGGCAGAGGUUCAGCAGGUAUUGAAUAGAGUCAGUGACAUAAAACCGUUUGAGAGAACGAUAAUGCAGCCGCUUCCUCCCCUACCUCUUCCGCAACACUUCAUCACGUCCGGGACUCGCAAGGAUUGCGUUCGUCUGCGAGGACUUCCGUAUGAGGCCCUCGUCGAGCAUAUUCUCGAGUUCAUGGGAGAGCAUUCGAAAAAUAUCGAGUAUCAGGGUGUUCAUAUGGUUUUCAACGCUCAGGGUCAACCCUCGGGCGAGGCCUUCAUUCAGAUGAACAGCGAGGCGGCUGCGUAUGUGUGUGCCUCUCAGCGCCAUCACCGCUACAUGAUCUACGGCAAGAAACAGCGCUACAUCGAGGUCUUCCAAUGCAGCGGCGAAGACAUGAAUAUGGUGUUGACAGGCACUCAUCUACCGGGUAAGGCUCUGCUGUCACCCGGUUCACUGACCGCCGCUGGCGGUGGGCAAGGCCCUGUGCCACCGGCUCCAGCUCAGGUGCCGGUGCCCGCUCCCCAGUCCUCCGCGCCCCUCUGGGAUAUUCACGCCUUCGUACAGGCCCAGGCCCAAGCUCAAGCUCAGGUUCAAGCCCAAGCUCAGGCUCAGGCAGCGCAAGCACAAGCGCAAGCUGCUCAAGCCCAAGCGGCUCAGGCCCAGGCUUUCAGACAGCAAGAUCUCUGGCUGAUGGCCUUGGCCCAGAAUGGUGCUAGUGCCGGCUCCUCGCCUGCCUCGCCCACAUCAACCAGUAAAGCUCUCGCGUUGCCCUCCAAUGUUCAAGCCCAGCAUCAACAUCCUCACCACCCGAGUUUGGGCCCGGCUUACAGCCACGAGCAGCAACUUCAUGCCCAAGCUGUAGCUCAGCAUGCCGCAGUUGCCAAUUCCGCGCCUCUGCUCUUCUUCAACAUGCCCUCGCACAGGAUUCCGUUGCUCAGGGCACAUGCACCUCCCGGUUUUCUAGCUCCCUCUAUGAUUCCCGGCGCCCCUAUCAAUCCCGCCGCUCUUCUGGGUUUGAAGAGAUCGUGGGACUCUGCCUUCCCUGCAGAAACUGCCGCUGCGGCACCAAAACGUGCUGCCUGGCAGACACCUGCAGCCGCAUUUCAUGCGACUCAAACAGCCGCUCCGACUCUCUAUCCCGCUCAGUUCUUCCCACAGAUUUAAGUUGGAAUUGUAGAUCAUUCAGUUCGCUUGGAACUAACCAGAAGUUUAUCACUUUGAUUUUGACUGGGCUUGUUACUUUUUCUUCCUUAUUUCGAAUUUAUUGGAACCCGUACUUAAAUAAACGAUACGGAGUGUUCUCCAAUCUAUCAUUACUUACGGUAUAUUCAAUACCCAGUUCAAAAAUAAUUACAAAGAUAUUCUACUAAAAAUGAUCAUUCAUAAAACUAUUUAAUAGUGGAUAUAAGUUUAAGCCAAUAGUGGUACAACAUAUAAAGUUCUAUUGUCCAUUUAUUACUAGUAGUUGUUCGUUAUAAAAUUAUAUAAAUAGGUGUAAUUAUUUUUCUGAUAGUUUACAAACAAAUUGCAGCACUCUAUUUUUAUGGAGACUAGAAGUAGAAUUUUUAGAGCUGGUACUUAAUCCAUGAAUUGAACUACGUCAUACUUUCUCUUUAUCACAUUCAGAAUAAUAAAUUUUGAAAGUGAUAAAACUGUAGAUUUUCUUAGUAAUUUUGAUACACCAGUUUACACAAUCAUGCCUAUCGGAAGUUUUAUUACCUGAAACUGUCCUGAACUGUUUGUUGUAGGACACUUUUGAUCUACAAAAAAUCAUUGUACUUUUUUUUUUAAAUAUGGCUUUUGCCAUAUAAUGAUGCCGACUAAGUGCCUUUACAUGUCGAUAUUUUCCUUUAAAGUGAUAAAAUGAAGUACUUAUAAAAUUGAUAAUUCCUUAUGAUAGAUACCGGCCGUAACUUUUCUUACAGUCUACUCUAUUUACUGUAUAUUUAUUUUCUAUAACUGUAAUUAUUUUGUAUAGUAUAGAGAGAGUAAUUUAACUGUUGUCUUCUUAACAGUCUGUUACAUUUGAAAAAUUUCUAUUCUUCGAGAUAUUUCAAAAUCUUUGAAUCGAUUACUUUUUCAAAGUAACGAGAAUACAAGAGUUUCUUGUAGUUUAGUUCUGUAAAUAAAGCAUAUAUCUUUGAAUCGACAAUAUAAUAGUUUAUAGCUUUAUUAUAUAUACAUAUAUAUGAAAAAUCUAUAUUGUAUGUAUAUAUUUUGCUACGUAUAUUUUUCUAUGUAUUUAGAUUAGAAAUCAAGCGUGGAUCCCAUCCAUCUUUGAAAUUAGCGAAAAGUUAGAGCAAAGCUUGGAUAUAGAGCAAUCCUGAAUAAGAGCUCUGUCUGUCACACUCGACCCCAAUAAGCGAAGGUGAUGAUUUCCCAAGGUGCUUCAUUCCCUCGAAACGAUCCUUUGUCCUCUCCUUCUCGGUAUACCUGACUCGCGACCCCAUCAUUGCGACAAUUCAUUUAUAUAAGCAAAAAGCACAAAAAAGACAACUUAGAGUACAAAGGCGAAGGGACGCAAAGGUUGAUAAUAUUUUUUUCUUAUAGUUAUAGAUAUACACACGAUGAAUAUAUACAUAUAUAUGUAGGCGUUGUAAGUCGCGUAUAAGCUUAAGGGCAGUACUGAGGAUGCGAGAGUACCGGACCAAUCAUAUACGAUAAACAUUCCUAUGAUGCAUAUCCUAGAGUUUUUUUGACGCGUCUUUAUCUUCCCUUGACUUUAACGAUUCAUCCGGUACUCCGACAGAAUCAGUAGUCCCAAAAUUGUUUUCCUUUUAUAAGCACGAGCCUCACAUUCCAAUCGAUGCUUGACCUUCAUUUCCUUGCCAAUGACAAAUAUUCGAACUAGUUGCAUUCAUAAUCCAUGAAAUAGUCAUACGGCGGAUCCCAAUCAUGUUUUUCUUUGCUCUAUAAUGAAAUCUCUUUUUUAGCUGUAAUAAAAGCCUAUCAACCAAGCGGUGAUGCGUAUCGAACGUUAGUAAAGUGCCGUAUAGCCAUGGAAAAGUAUGUUUUGAUUUGAAAAUCGAACGACAUUGCCGCUCGGUAUUCGAUAUGGUAUUGACGAAUAAAUGCAUGGACUGGGAUGUGGAGGUGUGUUCACUUUAACUACACUAGUUUCUCGCCGUCUCUGCGAUAAGAAACGCGCGAAAAUUGUUCGUGGCCAAUAUAACGCUUGUCGACUCCUUACUGUUAUAACUUGAAAUGAACACGCGCUGACGAUCGCAAAAUUGCCGAUCAUACGUAUACAUUGCAGACCGCUAUAGUGUUCGUCCUUAAGCACCUAAUGUAUUUAUAUAAGUGCUCAUGACAUUCGUCGAGUAAAGCCGUUUUGUUGAUCUUGAAAUGUUAGAUUUGAGAAAAAAUAUUUUACAAUUUUUAUUACACAUCGGCUUUGCUCAACAGAAGCUAUAAGGGACAAAAUCGUAAAUUGUACCUUAACAGUCAAAACUCAAUGUAAAUUAACAUUUCUUGGUGAUUAAAUAUGUAUACGAAGUCGUGGCUUGGAAUAUAUAGUUAUACGACGGUGACGAACGAAUUGAGUUUUGACUCUAAAAAGGAACGGUAUAUUAAAAAAAAAAGAAUAACCUUCUUGAAACGAAAAAAGAAAUCAUGGUUUCGCUAUAUUAUAAGAUACAUUUCGAAGAUAUAUAUGAAUUCCGUUUACUGAAAAGAUUUAUGAAAGAGUGAGAAAAUGUUAAUUAAGUGCGUGGCAAUCGAUAUUACUUCUUAUAAUUAUAUAUUAAUAUCUCACCACAUGAAAAAAAAAUCAAUUUAAAAUUUAGUCGAUACCGAGUAAUAAAUCAUUCCGACGAACACAAGUACUGAUAGGCAUACCUAGUAAUAAGAACGAUCGACCAGCAUGUUAUUGUUCGAUCUAGGACCAUCAGUUUUUUCCGUAAAAUCAAUCGUGUGUUCGAUUGGACAAUAAGUAAUUGCAUCGCGUGAUCAGUUGUCAAUACUAUACAUGCACAAAUUGGCGAAUUGUACAUAAUUAAGUUAAUUAAGCUUUCCGUAUUUGCAAAUCGUUAAGUUUUUUUCGUCUAAUAAGUAGAGGUGGUAAUAAUCCUGUUAACGAUUGCUAAAUCGCGUUCUAAUCAAGGAUGCACGCCAUUGUCAGUGAUUUUGUCAGUGGUGAAGCUUUUUUUCUCUCAAAGAUAUGACAGAAUCAGUGGUUUUGGGUGUAAGUGUGUUUUUUGUUUUGUGAUGCUUUCAUUUUGCUCAUAGACAGAUUCAGAACCCACGCAGUGAUUAACAUAAUAUUAGUAAGAUAUACAGAUGACGAAUAUAUAAUCGAAAUGAAAGAAUUUGAGUUAUCAGCAUAAUGAAAUCGUCACACCAAAGUAGAAUUGUUGGCUUUCGCCGAGUCUGCGCGGCAGUGUCUUGUGCAGAGACUCUUAUUUUUUGCCUUGAAAACAAGAACUUCUUUUACGUGUACUAACUUUUCACUCCAGACCUCAGUAAACUGUGCUAGAUGUGUUGUCUGGUGAUAUGGUGGCUAACAUUUGGUUUAUCGUGAUUGGAAUGUGGUUUAAACAUGAUUAAUUUCAUUUUGCUAUAUCUAUAUACAUAGAAAAAAUUAAUUUUGACAUUGCAAUAAUUAUAUUGUGUUUGGACCACAGGACACGUUUUUCUAUAUCUAUCAGUCCACAUACUUGGAGCGUUUAGCGCAGAAAUGACUUUCAGAAAUAAGGGGAUAAAGUGAUGAAGCAACACAAAUUUACUUCACAUUCCGGGUUUCACACACAAGCUUCUGCCUUUGCCUUCUCGCGAAAGCUAACCUCGUCGAUGCAUUUUUCAAACAAAAAUAGCACUACGCGGUUGGGAAAACGAUGAAAUGUUUAUAAGCGCCUCGACACAAUAUAAUACAAACGAUGGGGCACCUCUUCCAUUAUUUUUUAUUGUGAUGAGCGAAUCUACGAAAUAGAGAGAAAGCCUCCUUGAUAGAUACACAUAUAUUUACAAGAAUAGAUAUAUAUAUUUCAUAUAUAUAUACAUAUAUACAUAUAUACUUUAUAUACGUACCUUUUUUUCGCAGAGCAAAAUCGGUCUUUCUUGUAACGCGCAUAUAUGCAGUAAAAAACGAAAACCGAUACACUCAUGGACAUAUAUAGAACACACGUUUAUUACCUACUGUAUACUCUUUGUAUAUCGAUGAUUAUAAUCAAUAAUCAUGUUUUAAUAAAUGUACUCGUGUCUCGUGGA